AAACGUUCUAUCAUUGGUCUUCCUUGACGAGCACCAAACAUCAUUUUUAAGAAUGUUUUUCCAAGACUUUCACUCUAGAUUUUGCUAUUCCAGAAAACAACAAUACAUUUUCUUAUGAAAACUAUAUAGCAUCACUCGGUCAAAAAAGUAUUAAAAUGAAAAUGCUCCCGCAAUGUACGAUCACUUAACUUAAACUUUAACCACAAAAUUUUUACUCUUUGACAAAUUGUUCUAUUUAUUUGUUUUUUAUUCAUGUAGUUAAAAUUUAAAUAUAUAACCUAACAAAAAAAUUAAAUAUUCUUUUAGCACACAAUUCACAUAUUUUUUGCAUCAAGCUUGUCGACAAGAAUUGACACCAUACAUUUCCCAACAAAUGAAAGUAUUCAGUCCAAUCCAUCCAUCCAUCACUUGAACAUCCAGUGCUGUCUGCCAUUACGGACAAUGUGUGUGAUCUUUUUUUCGCUGUUAGCUUGAGCGAGACUUGACUUUUCUGAGUUACCUCUGGUGAGUGUGCGCUUGAGUCCGGCCGUCCGAUGAGCAGCAGCAAGCUGAGGUGGCCGUGGAGGACGCCGAUCAGGCUGGGCCGCUCAAGGGACUUCUAUGUGCGGAGCGUCACGGGCUGCGCACGCUACGUCCCCACCGACCACGUAUUCGGUGCCUACCCGGUGCUCGUGCCGGUGACGGCACCGCCGCCCAGGAGCUACAGCUGCGGCUCCGACUGGGGCGGGGACCUCCGGGAGCUCAUCCGCGCCACGUCGCAGAGGCAGCGCGGCGAGCAGCAGGCCGUCGUCCUCCAGGGCAAGAGCACGGCGGGCCGGCUGUUGCCUUCCAUGGCGCGGGUCGACGAGGAUGCAUCGUGUGAUUUCGGCGGCGGCCGAGAGGAGGUACUCGUGGAGCCGGAGAUACGUCGGUGGCAGCGGCGAGGGGAUUUGCAGGGCGGCGGAUGGCUUGUGGCACGGCCCGGCGGCCGCGGACGGCUCGCGGCGCGUUAGAGGAGGACGCGAGGUGGUGCCGAAGCAGCGGGGGAGAGUGAGCAGCGGCGGCGGUCUUGCGCGAUGGCUGCAAAUCGGAAAGAGAGGCGUGUGCUUGAUCCAGAUCAGGAGGAGGGGAGGGGGCGAGGACGGGGUCAGAUCGGGAGGAAGGGGAGGGGCAUGUCCGCGGGGGUGAGGGGGUCCGGUUUUUUCUCGCGGGCGGGGUUGGAGGACGACGGACCUACGCGGACUGGAAAUUAAUAAUUAGUAAAGAUAUGACUAUGUAGUUUUAUCUGAUGGUAUGUUUAAAAUUGCAUUUGAACGGCAGUCGGAUGGUUGGAAUUGGUUUCCAGUCGUCCUUGUAACCGGCAGAAGUGUGGCUGUUUCACAAUAUUAUGUGAAGUACUUGUCAUAAUUAUAAAAAAGAAAACAUCACUUUUCAUGUAAGACGUUAUUUUAUGAAUCUACUGGUUUCAGGCUGGAACUACAGCAUAGUUAUAACCUGGGUAAUGGUGUAAAAAUAUUAUGUGCCCAAGCAACUGUGAGGAAAAAGCAGAGACUGAUAACAAGGUAUAUGAACUAGGUUGGUUCUUAAAACUAAACUGUCAACCUGAACCGAGUUGUUUGCAUCUCAUAUAUGUGCCUGUUACCCUUUAGUAAGCGGUUAG